AUGGCAGCGCUUCCGGAGAACUGGGAGAUGGACUAUGAUGGAGCCAUUAGUCGCUGGAUAUAUCGAUUCAAGCCCACAGGGCUUGUUCAAUACACCUUUCCCAAGCCAGGCGAUGAGUUCCCCGAGUUCGUUGGCGAUUUUGGCGGGCCUAUGCCACCCGAGGACAAAUUUAUGAGCCAAAAACUCAAGAAGGGGCGUGCUACAAGCGAGUCACUGCUUAGUUCUCCUACAUCCAACAUCAGCACAAAUGCGGAUUCAAUAAACUUCUCCAGGCCCAGUUACAAUGAUCCACCGCCAUGGUUCCAGCCAGACGGGUUUAUGUUCAUGGGUCCUGGAGCGUACAAUGACACCAGUCCGGAGCAAGAUGAAGAUGAGACCCCGUUACCGGCGACUGACCCCAAAAUACCAGAAGCAAAGGUGACUAAGCCGUCAACUAGACCGUUCAUCUCUCCUGUAACGAGUACAGAAACCACUUCUCUGGUUGUCACUAGCCAACCUACCGCUGGGACGACCUAUGAACAGACUAUGCCAGCGAAAGUUGACUCUACGUUGUCCCCGGGGGUUCCUAUGUUGGAUGGUCGUCCGAUAAACCCAAUUUUUCCUAUCGGUUUUGUGGCAGAGUUAUACGGCGAGUCGACCGCGAUGACUCGCAAAGAACAUCCUGCCGCAGCGGAGCUACCAGGUCAUGAGGCGCCCAUCCGGAAUCUACAGUUGGCGAAUGCGGAUCAAAUUGCGCCUGUCGAGUUAUCCUCCGAAAACGCUAGCGUGAAGGCCACUUCUGGCGAACAAUCGCAGAAAGACCCCAACUCUCAAAAGACAGAUCCAGGAUCAAGACCGAAUCUCGAUCGGAGGACGGAGUCAAGUCCCUUCAUUUUGGGCGCCAAUUUUGCCUCCCCUCCCUCGAAUAUUGCGCCUGCACACGCACACAGAUAUUCCAUACAAGGACAAGUGCCGUCUCGGGUUGAGGUGCCAGCUGUGUCGACAGCUAAAGCGACACCGGGACAGAUAGUUGUACAUGAACAACCAGACAAAGCAAAGUUCAGAAUAGAGUUUGAGACUGACUCAAAAGCCAAGAAAGAGGCGGAUAAGUUUGUGACCCAACAGGUACCGUCCAUUCUCCAGCCCGCCCGCGGACGCCCAAAGCCUUUACAGAGUCCUUCUGGUGGCCAGCAAGCCUCUUCAACUACAAAAAUCUUUGUUCAAAGACCGCUGUACGACCACCCGGAGUUAGACCAUCAGACAGUGAAGCCCCUACAUGGCCAUCAAUCUAUGAUUCUGAUCCACAAAAAGGAUGAACUGGAUCCCCCGCCUGCAUUUACGAGGACAAAUACUCUGCCUGCAGACUUGCCUUCACUGCCUUUUAUGGGGAACGGAUUUUCUACAAAGACUGAGAUGUCUUCGCCAACCCCACAGCCACAGGACCAGCAACCUCCACUACAACCAGCUCCAAGCGAGGAGGAACCGCAGAUGGGGUUCAAUUUGGCUUCGACAAGUAGACCGCAUAGGGGAAGCUUAAGUGACUAUGCGAACCCAGUUCUUCCUGGUAUCGGGCAGUCAGCAAAGCCGCUGAACAUCAGCCAAGCCUCUUCCCAGACUGAAGUUCAAGGAGUGGAUCAGCCGUCUCUGGCAGCGAAAAAUUGUGAAGAACAAACGGCUCCAAUGUUGGCGCAGGAAUUGUCACAAGCAAUUGCUGACUUCUCCCUUUCUCGUCAAUAUGAACCAAAACGUACCACAGAGAUGGGGAUGUCUGAUCACGGUGGCGUAACAGUACAGUGGUGUCAGGAGAGGAUGCAUCUACGCCAUAUGCCAAGCGAACAAUCCACCGAAGCUUUACCUGCCACUGUUAUCUGGGAUUAUCCUGUUCCUGAAAAUGAUUUGCAUAAAUCACCGCACUCUCAUUCUGGCUCGGGGCCUCCGCGACCUGACAAGAUCCCCAUCGGCAAUCUUCAGCCCGCAUUCACUCCUUACCGCCCUCCGGCGGUGGAACAGACCUUCCGCCGAAAACCUGUGGCCGAGUCUCAGGGGCCCGCGAGAAUACCAAUUUCGAAAAUGGGGACUGGGCAACAAGGCGGUCCCUUUACUCCAUUGGGUCACUUUCAACAACAAGGAACCCCAGAACCUUACGUAUUGCCCCAUUCCUACAACCAACAGCUCCCAUCGUGUAGUGGUAGAGUCCUGCCACAACCAAGCCUAAGUAAUUCGGGCCUUCCGCAAACCUUUCCUCCACCACGACAAAUUCCCAGCCCAAAGUCGCAAGCACGGGCAUCCACAUGGCCGGAACAAGAAUCAACAGCUCCCUUUACAGGUCAAAUGAUUGAUUUGACGUCAAAAGCGCUUCCUCCUGUAUCUCCAACCAUGCACCAGGCUCGUGGAUUAUCUAGUGAAACUUCAAUACCUUUUGUGAAGGAGAAGCGAGGAUUACUUUCAAAGUUUAGGAGAACUGGCAAUACGGCCAGCUCCUCGAACAAGCUUCAAAAGUCAGUCGGAAAUAGCUAUCCCACAGCGAGCAAUAACAUUUCGCAGUCACAACCUCCUGUGUCUUCUCCACCACGGCAAGUACGUGUACCACCACAGAAUACUCAGGUACCAUUUCAGGGCCCUCCUCCAUCGCACCCUGAUCAAACACAAGUGCAAGGAUAUCCAUGGCUCACAAAUCCACUUGACGCGUGGUCAGCGUCUGGCCAUGACCCCCGUGCUUUCACCCCGACAGUCCAACUCGGAGGUCCUCAUUACGAGCCUGAGUCUACUUACUACCAGCAGCAAUGGCAUCAUAAUCAUCAGGUGCAACAGCAACAACAACAACAACAGCAGGUGAACGACAGAAGGGAGAGCGAAGUGUCCAAUCUAACCGACACUUCGUCACCUUCACCAGUCCCCAGCAACGCGGACACGGCAUCCGUCGCAGACAGUUCCAGAGUCUCGAUCAUCAGCAAUCACCACACUCGCCCCGGAAGCGAGGGCGCUGCCAGUCUCGCCAGUAUCGGCACCAUUGGCAGAAAUAGCGAAAUCACUCCGCCGCCAAGCUUCAGCCGUCGUAACGGGCCUGGCUCGGGUAGGUGGGGAAGCGUAUCUGGAGCUGGUGGCGGUGGUGGUGGUAAAUAUGAUGGCUCCGGGUGGGGUGACUUUGGAGUAUAA